UGGGCUCACAUUUACCCGUGCCUGAGGAUCUUUUCAUCGUCUCAUUUCUCUAGAAGUGUAAAGAACAUGUUCCAUAAACAAACACGCAUUCAGUUAUGCAGUUAAUUACCAAUCUUUCCCCUGUUUCGUCCACCUCUGGCAGAACUGAAGAAAGUUUUGGUUCUGCCUUGUGCUAGGCCACCAUUCAGAACCGACCGUUUAUUCAUGUUAGUUGCAACAAUUUAGCUGGCUGACCGAUUUGGGAACCGAUUUGAAGCUAUAUGUGGCCGAGGAAGUUGACGGAAAUGCGAAGUUAAAGAUCUUUGGAAAAGAUGAACUUUGCCUUGGCUUCAAUUAUUCGUUAAUAUUCGGCCCCUUUUUCUUUCCCCCAAUUUCAUUGCUUAUUUAAAUGCAAUCAUCCAUGCAGUGAUAGGAACUGUAAAGUAAUUUUAUACGAUUAAAAUACUUUCGGCUGUUGGUUCCCGAAAAAGGCUUGUUUUUUUUUCCCCCCAUUUGAAGUAUCUUAAAAAAUUCAUUAGCACCACCCUGGUUGCUUGAUCAGUGGGAUUGUGCCUUUUUAGAAAUUUCCCUGGACAAAUAAAUAUGGGAUGUUUGUUUUGCAAGUAAUUAUAAAGUGUCUUUGCUCCUUAAAAUGCAAAACAAACCCAAAUUUCAAUCCAAUUCCCUCAUUAAUAAAACGCAUGUCGUGAUAUCAUGUCAUUGUACUGGCAUGGAGACGGAUUUAGCCAACGAGGCUUCCACAAAUGAGGCUAGAGUUGUACCUCCAGAUGAGAAGAUGAAGCUUCGCUGAGAUUUGGUGCCAUGCGUGUGAGUUGUAAAAACACAAAAAAAUAAAGUGAAUAUGAAUCAGAAUAGCUUGAUCCUAAUCAAGAGAUCAGAUCGAAGAAGAAGAAGAAGAAGAUGGCGGAUUGGGGUCCAGUGUUCGUAUCAGUGGUUCUGUUCAUUCUGUUGACGCCUGGGCUGCUCAUACAAAUACCUGGGAGAGGCAGGAUGGUAGAAUUCGGGAAUUUUCAAACCAGUGUCGUAUCCAUACUGGUCCAUGCGAUCCUUUACUUUGCUCUCAUUUGCAUCUUCUUGCUGGCUAUUGGGAUCCACAUGUACAUGGGUUCGUGAUCCCUCAAUCGUCUGUUUUGUACUUGGCUUGAGUCUCUGGGUUCUGAUUCUUGUGAACUAGUUAUCAUCAAUCCAGUUUUAGCUCGUCAACUGUCAGCUAAUUUGAGUAUUAAUGAGUGUGUUCGGUUGUACUUGAUUGAAUUUCACUCAAUUUGGCGGGACUAAUAUAGCUGACUUCCCGUCCCUGUAUAUUUUUUAUAUAGAAUAUCGUUUCUGUAACUCUAGCCAAGUAGCCAUUUGAAGCAUGUUCGCAUCAAUGAACUUGGUUGGUUUUGGUAAUCGAUUCAA